AUGCAUUAUACCAAUACGCAUUUGAAUAUAUUACAUUAUAGACGCGGAUUGAUUUAUAAAACCUCUUUUUGCUAUUUUUAUGUUAUGAACCUAGCAAUGCAUAAAAUUAAUGUAAAGCUUAGAAGCAAGAUAAUAUGCUUUUGCUUUCUGUCGCUUAAAGCACACUUAUUUCUCCAAAACCAUUCAGUCGCUGAAAAUGAACCGGAUUUGAGUAGCCAGGACAAAAUUCUAGAGGUAUCCAAAUGGCUUAUUUUUUCACCACUCUAUGAGUUUGCGACUAUCUUUAAAUGCAACUACUUUUGGAGCCUCAGGAGCGCCUUUGGUGAAAUGUUGCCUGUUAAAAGCAAUGAAUUUGUCCAAGAACAAAAGCACAUAUUAUAUAUAAAAUGGAAAAAAUUCGUAACUUGGAAAUUAUCAAGCUUCCGAUGUUUAAUGGAUCAACUUGUGGCAUCCAAAUUAAUUGGCGACAUUUACCAAUUUGUGAAAAUUGCAUUUUUGUUCAAGAAUGCUUUACAUGUGUGCGAUUUAUCUGUUUUUUCAAAAACUAAAAAACUUGUCAGCAGCAGAGGAAUUAUGAAUGCUAACUGCCAUCAUUUAGCGCUAAUGUUGGAUUGUGCUGGGCCAAAAUUAAUAGGCGUUCCAUUUCAGGAGUUUAAAUGCGAAAUAGCUGCUCCCAUUUCCCAAAGGUAUGACCUUGCUUUGCUUCAAUAUUUCAUUAGCUAUUUUUUUAGUACACACGAAGUUAGCAUGGGGAUCACUAGGAAAUCUACUACCGAUAUAUUUAAUGAACUAUCUAUAAUAGCCCAUUUAUACUCUGUUGCUCAAGUGUUUAGCAAAAUUAAACUUGAAUUUCCCUUAAAAGGUGCCACUUUACUACAAAACGGAUUUGCAAAAGAAAUAUUCCACCUUAUUGGUGAAAAACUUGCUUUAAAACACAAAAAAUGGCAGCAAAGUUGA